AUGGAAGAUCCUGGGACCCGACCAGUGAGGCAAGAGAGGAUUGAAGACCUCCAUCUGGACAGAGUGGUUGCAUCUCAACCUGAAAUAGGACCGACUCCUCCAGAUGGUGGCUAUGGUUGGCUAAUAGUCGUCUCAGCAGUAAUAUACAAUGUGACUGUGCCAAGUAUUUUAAUGCUUUAUGGAUUGAUUAUUUUGAAGUCUUUACGAGAGGAGGAUCAUGAAGAAGAAGAAAGAAUGCGCGUUUGGGACGUAGAUGUAGCCUUAGUCCCUGUAAUAUUGACUGUAAUCCGUUUAUUGUUAGAGUCGUGGUGUUCGGCUAUCGCGAAAAUAUUCAACAUGCCACGAUUUACAGCGCUGGCUGGACUCUGUAUGACUGUCGCUGGUGUUCUACUAUCGAGCUAUGCAACAAGUGUCGACAGUAACGAUCAUAUUGUAAACAUAUUUGCGGGGAUUUCCAUUGGUAUCGGUUGCGCCUUAACAGGACAACAAACGGAUCUAAUCAUAACCCACUACUUCCGAGACAAACUUACAAUUGCCCAACGUAUUGUAAAAGUUGCACCAUCUUUAGGAAAUGUUCUUAUGCCUUUGAUGAUCGGGUAUCUUUGUACAAUCUACUCCAGUGAUGUAGUUGUCAUGAUCACUGGAGCAAUUCUCAUGCAGAACUGUGUUUUCCUCGCCUCAUAUACACGACCUAUUUACAUUGAAAGAGUGAUUCGAAACACAUACAACAUGUUACGAGACGCCGUUGAAGACGAUGACGAAGUUAUCUUCUCAAAUCAGAAUGAACCCAGAUCAGCAUCCAAUCCAGUAUCCACACAAGAUGAAGACGCAAAUGACGUGGUCGUCUUUAAAUCAAAUAAAAACGCUAGAGAAAUCAUGGACCCUGACGUAGAAACGCGGGAAAGCGGUGGGCAGAGAUUUUCAUCAGAUUUCGGCGUGAUGUUUGACGGUUCCACUUCUAAUCGCUUCUCAUCCGACUUUGGCGCUGUUGACGUCAGCAAUUACAGCAGAAUCAGUGGAUAUCAGGAGUUGGAUAGUAUUGACAGGAAUAAUCCUCAGCCAUUAUACCGUGAAACAACUGUGAAUGCUCCAUCAAAUAGUCUCGUUUUUGCCGCAGAAAUAUCUCCUGGGUCAGCUCGACGUACUGCGUCAUUAAAGAAGAAUUUCAUAACCGUGAUCAAUAUGGUUCAAGAUCUAAACUUCUAUUUGUACACUCUGUUACAUUUGUGCACAACGUACAGUGUUCUUAUUCUGAGUGUUUUCUUCCCACUUCUUAUGUGGGAAGAAAAUCCUACCAUGAAUAUUUGGUCGAUAUGUUCACUGACUGCAAUUGGUCACGCUGCGGCAUUGUGCUUCGUCUUUUUAUGUAUAUUUAUGCCAAACAAUUUAAACGAUAAAGCAAAAUUAUGUACAAUUUUUUGUGUUUGUGGUGCAAUAGGAUUUUAUGGUGUUACGCUAUCAUCAAACAAAAACUACCUUGUCGUAUGGUGCAUGUUUUCGAGUAUUGCCACUGCGACCAGCGGGAUUCUACAACAAUCUUUAUACAAUAGUUUCAAUAAGUUUGACAUAACAGCGACUGUAACCACAGCUAAUACUCUAGUUGCGAUCGUGAUCAUGAUUUGGGCUGUCGCCUAUAGUUAUACGUAUAGGACUUGUUUCUUCAUUGCUAGCUUAUUGCAAAGUGGCGCGGCUUGCGUGUUUUUAGUCGCUUCUUUUAGACGGAGGAGAUAG